GGGAGCCCAGGAGCCUCAAAGGCCCUCUGCUCAGUGACCAGUGUGCUGGCCCUGAAAGCCAGAAAGGGCGUGCCAGAAGUCUCCAGGCACCAUCUUCCUGAGGCCAGGUACUGCUGUCCCCCACACCUGAAGACAGUUUGUAUCAAAAAAUGGAUGAGCCAGAGACAGGUUUCAACCUGAAGGUUGUCCUGGUCAGCUUUAAGCAAUGUCUCAACGAGAAGGAAGAGGUCCUGCUGGACCACUACAUCACCAGCUGGAAGGGCUUGGUCAGGUUUCUGAACAGCCUGGGCACCAUCUUCUCAUUCAUCUCCAAGGACGUGGUCUCCAAGCUGCAGAUUAUGGAGCGACUGCGAGGCGGUCCCCAGCAUGAGCACUACCAGAGCCUACAGUCCAUGGUUGCCUACGAGCUGGGCCACCAGCUGGUGGACCUGGAGCGCCGCUCCCGUCACCCCGACUCAGGCUGCCGGACGGUGCUGCGCCUGCACCGUGCCCUGCGGUGGCUACAGCUCUUCCUGGAAGGCCUGCGCACCAGCCCUGAGGACGCGCGUACCGCCACACUCUGUACUGACUCCUACAAUGCCUCCUUGGCUGCCUACCACCCUUGGAUCGUGCGCCGGGCUGUCACUGUAGCCUUCUGCACCCUGCCCACACGCAAGGUCUUCCUUGAGGCCAUGAAUGUGGGGACCACUGAGGAGGCCGUGGAGAUGCUGGGCGAGGCCCUGCCCUUCAUUGAGCGUGUCUACACUGUCUCUCAGAAGCUCUACACUGAGCAUUCCCUGUUGGAUCUGCCCUAGCGGCAUGGGGCCCAGACCAGGUGGACAUACCCUGCUGCAGAGUGGGGCUCAGACAGCCAGGGCCCACUGAUCCUAUGACAGUGCUUUCUGGGUGCCCUGAGAAUAGGAGAUGUACUGUCGCCCUGCAAGAUGAGCAUGUUGGAGUCACAGGCUACAACAGUGGAGGCUGUGGCCAAGCCAGGAAGAGGCUUCUGCCCCAGCCUCACUUCCAGCUGCAUGUGUUUGUUCAGUCACCCCAACCGAGGCACAGGGAGUAGGUGGGGGUAGGGAGAAGGUGGGGGUAGGGUCAGUGUGUGCAAAGCAUGACGGGCCUCACCCAGCUUGACUGGAAUCUAGGAGUGGAGUGAGGUCACAGAUCCCUAGGGUGGGGCAGCUCCCUCCUCUCCACCAGCCAGCACGAGUCCUUCCUGUGCCCAUCUCAGGCCCAAGGAUGCCAGUGUCUUCCCUGUCCCUUACUGCCUGGUUGUCACACAGCAUGCUGGGCAAGCCAGCACCAGUGGGACCUGAACCACUGAACCAAACUUUCCCUAAACAUCCCAGGACACAGUCCCUGCAGGGCUCCUGGAUACAACAGGUGCCUCUUGGGAGCUGUGACUCUGCCCCAGUGCUCAGGGAACACUGUUCCUUCACCACUGCUCCUUAUUGUCGCCUUCCCACAGUGCUCUGAACACCCAGGGGUUACAGAAAAGGAGGGGGCUGGACCCCACUGCCUAGGUAACAACUAUCAGACCCCUGCCCCAGCCCGGCCAUCAUCCCACCCUUGGGGCUUAGUGGACCCCAGGCCCUCAGGGUGUAGUGGAGACAGUGGAUGCACAAGUUUGGGGGAUAUUGGUCCCUUGUAAAGUGUAAUGUGUUUUCCAACAGGAAUAAAUUGC